AUGUACCAUCGAGACGUCGCCUCCAAACGAUCUACCCGCAAGGCAGCCAUGGCACCCACCGCGGAGUUCCUGUCUUCGCCGCGCAUGAGGAGCUUCAACCAGAACGUGAAUAACGUCUACGAUAAAGGCCUGGUGAAAAUCACGCCCUCCAACUGUACGUUGCCCGUGGAAUUCAUGGAGGACGCGCAGACGAUCCUAAACCUAGAGGUGAAACCAGACGACGUGUGGGUGGUUACGUUUCCAAAAAGCGGAACGACAUGGACACAGGAGUUGGUAUGGCUGCUCAUGAACGACCUGAACUUUGACCUGGCCAAGCGGACUCAUCUGACAGACAGAUUUCCAUUCCUCGAAUUGUCGUCGCUCGCCACGGGCCGCAAGAAGCCGCCUACGCACUUCAUCGACAUCGUGAAGAACUCCAAAUCGCCGAGGCUGAUCAAGAGCCACCUGCCGGUAGAACUUCUGCCCAGGCAGCUCUGGACCGUCAAACCCAAGAUCAUAUACGUGACUCGAAACGUGAAGGAUGUGAUCGUGUCCUACCUCAACCACCACCAGCUGUGGGUCGGCUGCUCUCUCACGGCUGAUGAAUUUGCAGAGUGCUUCAUGGAAAACAUACCAAAGUACACCCCAUUCUGGGACCACGUCCUCGCUUUCUGGAAGUUGAGGAAUGAACCGAACGUACUCGUCUGCAGCUUUGAGGAGAUGAAGGCGGACCUGUCUUCGGUGGUGCACAGAGUGGCCGCCCACCUGGGGAGACCCUUGCCGGAGGACCAGCUGCCGGCGCUGCUGGAGCACCUCAGCUUCCAGAAGAUGCGCUCCAACAAGGCCGUCAACUUCGAGGAGAAGGUGGAGAACGCCCGCCAGGACAUGGGCCUCCGACCCGCUGUCUCUGAAGGCCUCAGGUUCAUGCGUAGCGGCGCUGUGGGCGACGGCCAGCAGCGACUCUCUGAAGAAGUUCUCCUGAAGGUCGACGCCUGGACCGACGCCUGCCUCGCCGGGUCCGACUUCGAUGGGCUCAGAUGA